AUGGUGUCGCGCUCUGCCGCCUUGCGAGCGGCCGGCCUCCCCAACUCGGUCCUCGACGUCGCCUCGCCCGCCUUGCUCGCUCAGCUGGGCCUGCAGCACCCUGGACCGCAGCAGCAGGCGCCGCCGCCUGCACCACCGUGCACGUGCCACGAGUGCUGCACCGAGUGCCGACUCGGCCAGCAGCCUCUGCCCGCCGCGAGCACGUCCCAGGCCCCGUCGCCCACCGCCCCGCGAGACGACCACCUCGACCUCGCCCCUCCUCCUCCUCCUCUCGUCGCCCCUCAUCGUCCCGCCCACGCCCAGUCGCACCAGGUCGCCACCACCAUCACCCGCAACAAGCAGCGCAAGCACGGCGCACCGGGUCCAGCAGCAGCAGCCGGCAACGCGCCCGCCGCCCACUCGCACUCGUCCCACUCGCACUCCAAGCCCAAGCGCCCGCCGCCCGCCGCCGCCACCCCGGCUCCAGCAGCAGACGGUUCGGCUGCCCCUCCACUCGCACCAGCCGAUCCCGCCGCCGCCACCGCCGUCGGCGCUCACAAGCCCGUCCUCCCGCCGGACGGCAGCGUCAAGACGUGCGAGGCCGUCGACCGGUACGACGAGCUGUGCGACGAGGUGGUCGUCGGCGGGUGGAAGGGCAAGGUGCCUCGGCGGUGGUGCCAGAUGCACGAGGACGAGGAGAAGCACGUCCGCGCCUCGUUCUGGAGCGCCGUCUCGUCCCUCCCUCGCCUCUCGCGCUCGCACCCGCUCCCGUCACCCGCCGAGAUCACGAGCUCGACCACGUUCGCCGAGCUCGAGGGCUGGGAGCAGACGGCGCGCCAACACGUCGACCUCGCCAAGCGCGCCUACGACGCGUGGGUCUUCCACCGCGAGCACUUUUUCGCCGCAGGUGGCGACCUCGUCGAUCGGCUCGAGGGGCGCGGCGAGGGCGAGAACGGCGGCGACUUGGCGCGAGGAGCGUGGGAGGAGGUGCGCCUCCGAGGCGAGAAGGCCGAGGCCGUCCUCAAGCUCAUCAUCCGCCGGUCGCACUUCCUCGUGUGCGACGCCGAGGACGCCCUCUGGCUCCUGCAUCCGCAAGGGCGGUGCGGCCACGGCCACUACGGCCACGACUACGGCUCGAGCUCGUCGCAGGCGUCGUCGUGCGUGUGCUCGCACGACCACGCGCACGACUGCGACCACAGCGGCGACGAGGACGGCGGGCACUGGUGCGACUGCGAGUCGGGCGACGAGGGCGACUGCUGUUCGGGCUGUGCCGGCGCCAACGGCGGCGGCGGCGGCGCCGCGUCGACGCACUCGUCGUUCGCCACGUCGCACCACCACCACCACCACCACCAUCACCAUCACGGCGGCGGCGGCGCCGGCGGCCGGUCGCACCACCACGGUCACCAGCACCCGCCGGCCGAGAAGGCGCCGCACAACCCGCUGCGGCCGCCCGGCUCGCCGACGCUCGCGCCCGAGUCCGAGGAGCCCGACCCGCUCCUCGCGCUCGAGACGCUGCGGCGCACCGAGCUCCUCGAGCUCUUGAGCCUCACCGGGUCGCACGCGUCGUUCAUCCGCGAGGGCCGCAAGUCGGUCGAGCGCGUGCGCAUCGUCGAGUGCCUGUUCCGGCGCCUCAUCUCGCGCGACGAGGAGCUCCUCGUCAAGGCGUACCGCGGCGGGCACGACCACGUCCUGCGCUUUUUCGAGGACCCGGCGCUCGUGACGCUGCCGGCGCUCGCGCGCCUGCACCGCGCCCUGCAGCGCACGUCGCCCCUCGAGCUCAAGGAGGCCAUCAUGGACGCCUUUCGCGCCAUCGCGUGGGAGGAGUCGGGCGCGACCGAGACCGAGGAGGGCGACGAGGGCGUCGGCAUGCAGGUCCUCGGCGGGUGGGUCUACAAGAACCAGCUCGAGCGCUCGAUGACGCCGCGCGAGUGGGCCCACCUGUACGACCUGUGCGCGUGCGCCGGGUGCGCGACGCGGUGCUGCAUGCGCUUUGCCGACCUCGCCUUCGUGCGGCGCCUGACCGUCAUCCCGCACGGCCCGCACCCGCCGCCGUUCGAGCUGUGGGCCGACGCCGCCAACGAGACGGACGCCGACCGCGUCCUCAAGGCGCUCGACGUCGUGUGGUGCGCCGGCAAGGAGGACGAGGACGACCGCCGUCCGCGCAAGAUGCGCCAGCCCGGCGGCGCACAGGGCGCCGAGACCGUGUGGGCCCUGCGCGAGGAGCGCAACUGGGCCUUUCUCAAGCUCUCGGUCAAGCACCCGCACGCCCUGUCGAUCCUCGGCCUCCUGUCGCAGUUCUUCACCCUCCUCGUGCGCUCGCGCCUCACGCCGUCGCACCCGCUCCCGUCGUUCCCGCUCCCGCCGGCGGCCCACCUGUGGACGCACCGCAUCCGCACCGCCCCGACCAAGGCCAUCCUCGCCCGCGCCACUGCCGCCGCCGCGGCCGCCGCCGCCGCGCAGCACACGAGCUCGUCGACGACCAAUGGCGGCGGUGGCGCCCUGACGCCGUCGGCGGCCGUGCAGCACCCGUGGCGCGCGCUCCCGAACCCGUUCAACCUGUCGCACAGCGCCAUGCACGUCCUCGCCGGCUUUGACGCGCUCGACUCGCCCGAGAAGGAGCAGGAGAUGCAGCCGUUCGACGAGGCGUACGAGCUCCUCGUCCUCGACGCGCCGAGCGACUCGCCGUACGCGCCCGUCGACCGGUACCUCCAGCGCCCACUCGCCGCGUUCGACAACUUUCUCGCGGCCACCAUCGCGAGGGCGUGCGGGAUAAAGGUCCCCGGCGUCACCGUCUUUGACGACGACGACGAGGCGCAGCAGCACGUCGCCGUCGACGAGGCGCGUGUUGCCGCCGCCGGCGCAGCUCAGUCGGCGUCGGUCGCCGAGGCGGGCGGCCCGACCGUCAACUGCCACGGCAACGGCAACAAGAAGCGCGCGGCCAACAGCGGUGGCUCGGCCGCGACGACGGUCGCCGUCGUCGCGCCGGCCAACAAGCCCGAGCGCGAGCAGCGCGGCAUGGACAUGUCGGCGCUCGUCCAGGCCGCGCUCGAGCACGGCGCCGUCGAGUGCUUCCUCCGGGGCGACCUCGUGUGGGACUUUGGCGACGUCAAGGGCGUCACGACGGGCUUUGGCGCUGCCGCAUCGUCGUCGUCGUCGUCGGGCGCGGUCGGCGCCGCCGCCAAGAAGGGCCAGCAGCAGCAGCAGCCGUACUUUGGCGGGAUCGACCUCAAGAAGGUGGGCAAGGACGGCAUCGUCGCGCCGCCCAUGCCGGCCCCGCAGGCCAACGGCACGGCUGGCGGUGCCGCGAACGGCGCGGGCGCAGGGCCGGGCAAGAAGGGCUCGGCGGGCAAGGGCGGCAAGGCGGGAGGAGGAGGAGGAGCGAGCGCCGCGGCGGCGGCGGCGGCGGGAGGAGCGGGGGCGGUCAACGGCAAGGCGCCGGCGACCGAGAAGGAGCGCAAGGAGCGGGUGCUGGACGGGCUGAGGGACGACAAGCUCGCGCGCAGGUUGGCGAGGAGCUUGUUCAAGUGAGGAGGAGGUCGUCCAACGCAGUUCUGGUUUCCUUUGUCCGCACAGCAGCAUCGCAUUUGAGCACACUACGCAUCGUUCAUCCCUGUC